AUGGCAUUUACCAAACAAAAAAUGUCAGGAUCCAUCAAAGUGCGUCUUCAUUGCAACAAGAUUAAUGAAAGCAAUACUUUUACUAGUGGGGACAUUGUGGAGGGGAAAGUUGUUUUGGAAGUGACAAAAGAAAUAAACGUGGACAGUUUUUUUGUGAAGCUCACGGGAGAUGCGAACGUACACUGGACUGAACAAACAAGUUUUGACGAAACAACCUACCGUGACCAUGACAGAUACUUCAAACUAAAGCAAUACUUCAUUCAAGAGAGCUCAAAGAAAGGACAAGAAAGGGAUGCCACACUUGUAAGUGGAGAAACUUAUGGACCAGUGAUUAGAGCAGGAAGUCAUGUUUUUCCAUUCAGACUUCAGCUGCCUCAACAAAAUAUGCCUGCUUCUUUUAAAGGAUAUUAUGGUUGGGUUAGGUAUGUCUUGAUGGGAAAGCUGAAUAGGUCUUGGAAGCCAACAUCUACUACAUGUGGGGAGUUAACAUUUUUGCCCAGGAAUGAUGGGACCAGGGAUCAUUUACUGCAACCACAAUCUGCCACACAAGACAAGAAGAUGAAACUAUUCAGCUCAGGGAAAAUGUCAUUGACUGCAACAACAUACAAAACAACAUAUGCUGCAGGUGAAACAAUCACAGUUUUUGUUGAUAUUGACAACUCUUCAUCUCGUGACGGAAAAUUAAAGUACAGCCUCAUCCAGCAACAGAUGUUCCUUGCUGGCAGAACAACUAAAAGAAAAUUAAGAUACAUAGUUAACGAGACUAAAGAUUGCAUCCCAUCUGGAGAAAAGCAAAAAUUCAUAGUAAACCUGAAGAUUCCACGUGACCUGACUGUCACGACUAAAAACUGCAGAAUUAUAAAUGUGCAGUACCAACUCAAGGUCUCUCUGGAUGUGUCUUUUUCUUCAGAUCCAGAAGUUAUGUUCCCUGUGGUUAUUCUUCCAGCUGACCAACAAUGGUGUCCUCCCUGGCAAGGCCCACCUAGGGGAUUCCAGCCAUAUCCGCCACCUCAGCCUAACCUUGUGCCCUAUCCUGGUGGACCACCACCUUCAUAUGCAGAAGUUUACCCCAAUCUGAAUGACCCUUCAGUGCUGCCCUAUCCAGGAGCUGCUGCAGGGCUUUACCCAAAUCCAAAUGCCAUGCUGCCUGUUUUCUAUCCGACUCCAUCUGCACCAGUUUAUGAUCCAAAUCAAAGCACUAAAGAAUCCUCUCCUAAUGUGCCUUAUUAGUCUUGUUCACCAGAAAAACUUCUGACUGACACUUCUGAUGUCAAUUAUAAUUUGACAGAACUUGACAUGGUUUUAUCUGCAUGAUUUAAGCUCAGUUUCUAUUAUUGUGAUUAAUAAAUAAGGACUUUUCAUUUUACAGGGAAUGUAGCUCUAGAUGUAGAUGUUAAAAAAACUUUAUCCCUGACCACUCAAACUAAAACUUAUUUAGCUAAAUC